AUCAUUUUCAAGAUAACAGAGUAGGAAUAAUGUGGGAGCACUAUUUGCAGCGUUUGGUGGAAGAAACAACGUCGUACAACAACAGUCUAGUCAACAACUUCUUCCCAACAGCGUUAUGGCCACGAUUGCCACAUGUAGUUCAGACGUUUGUUCGUAAUUACAUUGUUUCUCUCGCCACUUACUUCCUCCUUUGUUCCCUUUGGUGUUUCUACUUCUACCAUUGGAAACAUGAUGUUCAUUUACCUAAAGAAGAUAUCCCCUCGAGAAGAUCAAUAAUACAGCAAAUAAAACUAGCGAUGCAAUCGAUGCCAUGUGUUACAAUAGUUCCAACAAUCUCUGAAUAUUUUAUAGAAAAAGGUUAUACAAAGUGUUAUUUUUCAAUAACCGAAGUUGGUCUAAUCGCUUACAUCACUCAUAUCAUUGUUCACCUGAUAUUGGUGGAGUUAUGGAUAUAUUGGAUACAUAGAGCUUACCAUGACGUGAAGCCUUUCUACAAGCAUUUUCAUUUCGUUCAUCAUCGCUUCAACACCAAGACCUCUCUAUCACCUUUUGCAGGAGUGGCAGGUCAUCCCGUUGAGGCAGUACUAAACGCCUUAUCUUACACGAUCUUUCUCUUCUUUGUGCCAAUGCACUUUACGACCGAAAUAGUCCUGAUUUCCCUCAAUGGGAUUUGGACAUUUUACCUUCACGGUUGUCUCGAAACGAAGAUGUGGCCGUUCUUGACCUCUGAUUAUCAUACAAUGCAUCACAUCAUGCAUCGUUAUAACUAUGGAAAUUACACGAUUCUCAUGGAUUGGUGUUUCGGAACACUUCGUCACCCUGUUGAGGAGGCCAAAUUGAAGUAAUGCAUAUUGCAGAUCAUAAAGAGUAUAUAUAUGUCUCAUGUUUUCUAUAUAUUUUUCGUACCUACCAUUUCUUAGAAUAUUUGUGAAUAAUAACGUGGUGUUGGUCUUGUAGUAAAAGUCCUAAAACAAUCUCGAAAAUGUAAGAGCUUUGGUAUAUAUAUGUAUUAUGUUUUCUAUAUAUGUUUUAGAUAAUUAACUUUUGGUUUUAAGAAAAUGUCCAGGUGAGAUCUAAAAACUUUCUUUCAAACAUGUACGAUUUUCUUAAAUAAUAAUGGAAAUUUAUAAAUAAAAAAUUUCCUGAUCGAACAUUGUGACUAGUGACUUCUCGCUUGUGGCUUGUGAGUUUUGAGUAUAUUAUUAGGUCCCCUAUAUUGAUUACAUAUUUCUUCUAAAUCAUUAAAGUCGUGCUCUAAUUCCGUGAGUAAUGGGAAAAUGGGACAAGCCAUCCCCAACUCGUCGAGAACUUGUGACCAGGAAUGCCCUGGGCUAACGCUGACGAAAUAUGAGAGGAGUAGGGGCAUGAGAAGAAAAGAUGAUCUCUAGUCUCUAUUCCUUUUCCACAAAAAAACACAACUUCCAUUUGCUCCAACAUUCCAUCUUAUAAAUCUAUCCCUGUAGCAACACGAUUCCGAAUAGCAUUCCAAGUUAUGAAGGAAUACUGAGGCGUGGAAUGAGGGAAUAUAAUACGCCCUUGUACCAGUCACAAAUUGGAUUUCCUUGUCGAGUAAGUUGCCAGUUUCAUGAGAGGAGAACUUACUUUUGAAUGAGUCGUUUUUCCUUCUCGAAAGGGGCCGGUCCGGUUCAAUUUGAGGAGCUUAAAGCCGAAGAGAGUCAAGCAGAUCCUCGAUCUGAUUCAGCACUACUACUCGAUGUCUAUGGCGUCUAUUCGCGAUAGCUUUAGCAACAAUACUAUAAGAUGAAAUCCCCAAACCAAUGCAUCCUCGUGAACCCAAAUGGUCAAAAAAAUUUGCCCAGAGGACUCCAUACAUCAUACCAAAAGGAAGUAUCAUUCCCAGUUCUCACUUCCACAAGAUGAAAGCUCUUUGCUAAUUCUCUAUAUUUCAGGAUCUUACGCCACAUUUGUUCACUAUGGCUACGAUUGAUGGUAGCCAUAGCCAUUGCAAGAAUUGGUAAAAAUGUAAAUUUGGUUUCUAUUCGCGUGUUUGUGAACCGUUUGAUGCUUAGACUUUAAUUUAUGUUUGAUAUUUAUAAAAAGUAUGAUGUUUGGAUGUGUAUGAGCAUUUUUGUGUGUGUGUAAGUUAUACAAAACAUCAGAAGAAACUAGAGAUUAGAAGUAU